ACCACACUAGUAAAUGAUCUGACCCGUAACAUUUAUAUGGAGAUGCAGCAGCUGGAGACGUCGCCAGAAGUGGGCGGGGCCCACUUGUAUAUCCAGCUUAACUGGUCUCCAGUGGUCUUUGUCAUGAGGAUUCUGCGGCAGAGAUUAAUGUCUUAUAAGACAGUAAAUGUCUUGUGCACACGGAGUGUUUACCGCGAAGUCAGUUGUACAAGACUACCGUCAGGAAGGUUAAAGUCAUUGUUGUGGGCAGCUGCUGUGGUCAAGACAGUCUUGUGGGCAGCUACUGCUGUGUGGUCAAGACAGUCUUGUGGGCAGCUACUGCUGUGGUCAAGACAGUCUUGUGGGCAGCUACUGCUGUGUGGUCAAGACAGUCUUGUGGGCAGCUACUGCUGUGUGGUCAAGACAGUCUUGUGGGCAGCUACUGCUGUGUGGUCAAGACAGUCUUGUGGGCAGCUACUGCUGUGGUCAAGACAGUCUUGUGGGCAGCUACUGCUGUGUGGUCAAGACAGUCUUGUGGGCAGCUACUGCUGUGUGGUCAAGACAGUCUUGUGGGCAGCUGCAAAUCUUCAGAGACCACAACCAACAGCAACACCCCUAAAACGUCUGCAAAGAUACAAGUUGAUGGAGCUGGAAGAGCUGGAGGUGUUGAUGGAGUGAUGGCUGGCAGAGGAGUGACUAGUGGCGCCACAAUUCUUGACCUCCAUGACUAAAUGGCGCCACUGGAGGAAGUGGGUGAUGACGUCAGUGG